UGGAACGUGAUGAUCCACGCCUAUGCCGCGCAGGGUUCAAUCGACGCCGCGGCUCGGCUCUUCGAUCGAAUGCCCCAUCGCGACGUCUGUUCUUGCAACGCACUGGUGAUCGCAUUUGCCAGGGAGGGGAAUAUCGCGAGAUCCAAGAGCCUCUUCGAUCGAAUGUCGCAGUGGAAUCUCGUGUCCUGCAAUGCGGUCGUGCAGUCCUACAUCCGGAGCUCCAAUCUCGAUCAGGCGAAGAAGAUCUUCGAUUCCAUGCCGGAUCACGACGUGGUCUCUUGGAACUCGCUCAUCACACUCUAUGCCCAGUCCGGGCAUCUUGAGCUUGCCAAGAACACGUUUGAUGGGAUGGAGUUCCGCGAUCUUGUCUCGUGGAACGCGAUGAUCGCCGCGUAUGUGGCGGCAUCUCGGAUCCGUGGCUGCCAGGCUAUGUUCGAUCGCGUCCCAGAGCGCCAGGCCGUGACGUGGAACUCGAUGAUCACAGCGCUCGCGCACCAGGGGCAAAUUGAGGCAGCAAAAUCGAUCUUUGAUCGAAUGCCGGCCAAGGAUCUCGUGUCGUGGACGAAUCUACUGCUGUGCUACGCGCAGAAUGGAUUCCUGGAAGAAUCGGACAGGGCGUUCCAUCGUCUCCCCUUCACCAACGCAGUGGCACGAACGACGAUGAUAUUGGUGAAUGCUCAAAGAGGGGAUUUGGCCACCGCGAGAGAGAUCUUUGAUACCAUGCCGGAUCAAGACGUGGUGACGUGGACGGCGAUGGUGCAGGCUUACGGCCACCAAGGCUUCGUCGCCCUCGCAAAGAACAUCUUCGAUAAAAUCCCGGAGAAGAAUCCAGUCUCGUGGAGCGUGAUGCUCCUCGCGUAUGCCGAGAAUGGGCAUUUUGACGAGGCCGUGAGGUUCUUCCACGAGAUCCCGCGCAAGACCAUCGUCUGCUGGACAGCACUCACGCAAGUUUACGUCAACUUGGGUGAUCUCGGCGCCGCCAGGAGCGUGUUUGAAAGCAUGAAGAUGCGCAGCUUGGUUUCCUGGACGACCAUGGUGUGGGCUUAUGCGCAAAACGGGCACUACGAUCGAGCAGUGGAAGUCUUCCAGCUUAUGAAUCUCGAUGGCGUCAAGCCGGACGAGGUGACGUUCCGGAGCGUUCUAACUUCGUGCAGCCAUGUCGGUCUCGUGGCCGAGGGCUGGGAACACUUCGUCUCGAUCAGCCAAGACUUUGGGAUGGUGCCAAGGAGAGAACACUACUGCUGCAUGAUCGACAUCCUGGGUCGAUCCGGAAGAACUCUAAGCGCCGAGGAGCUCGUCAACUCGAUGCCAUUUCUUCCGGACGUGGUGAUAUGGAUGUCGCUGCUGGGAGCUUGUCGCCUCCACCGCCAUGCCGACUGUGCUGAGAGAGUCGCAGCGAAGAUCUUCGAGCUGGAGCCCGGCUACACGACUGCCUACGUCGUUCUCUCGAACAUGUACUCGUCGAUCGGGAGGAGGGACAAGGUAUCGAUGAUCCGGAACCUGAUGAAGUCGAGGCGAGUGAGAAAAGUUCCGGGGAUCAGCAACAUCGAAGUUGGCAGUGAAGUUCACAGUUUCGUGGUGGGGGAUCUUUCGCAUCCUCGCAGCGAAGACAUCGUCGUGGAGCUCCAGAGGCUGGCGAGAGAAAUGCGAGACGCUGGCUACGUUCCCGACACAAAGGAGAUCUUGCAUGACGUUGGCGAGGAGCAGAAGGAGGAGCUGCUGCACUACCACAGCGAGAAAAUGGCUGUGGCUUUUGGAUUGAUAAGCACGGAGCAAGGGUCGCCGCUGAGGAUCCUCAAGAACUUGCGGGUGUGCGGGGAUUGCCACUCGGCUAUCAAGUUUGUGUCCAAGAUGGUGGGACGAUCUAUAACCGUGAGAGACGCUAGCCGGUUCCAUCACUUUAGCAACGGGACGUGCUCUUGCGGAGAUUACUGGUGACUAAAUUUUGCUCGGCCUAUUUCGAGAGAUCGAUGCUGAGCGGAGGAGCUUUUCCAGCGCAUCUUUGCUUUUCUGGUUGCUUCAUCGCGGCUACUUUCUUGCAGCGGAAUGCAAUCAACAAACUUGCAUAGACUCCAAAGACAAGGAGAAAAGAAUCUUAUACACGGGACAAUCUUAUACAAAGUUGGAUCGGACUUGGUUGAUGCUACGCUCGUCCAAGAAGAAAGUCUUCUCAAGCACCUCGUCCGGCACCUCUGGUCGGGAUCCAAACAUGGAUCUCGCAAUGAACUGGAUUCCGGGGAGCUGGGAGUUGAGAGUGGCGAUGAUCUUCGCGUUGGUCCUUCCCACGUUCAUCUGCCAGUGGAUUAAUCCGCGAGGAAUCACCAUGACUUCUCCCCUGUUCAUCACUCGGGCAAACAGGCGAUUGUCCGCUGUGACGAUGGCAGCGUAGACGGUCCCUUCUUCUACGUAGACCAUCUCUGAGGCUCUGGGAUGGGUGUGCGGAGGGAUGAUCCCUUCCGGGAGAAAGUCGAGCCUAGCGAUGGAGAGACCCAAAGUGUUGAGGCCCGGGAAUCUCACCACGGUUCCAAAGAUUGCGCCGGAGCGAUUGAUGUUUGUGGUGUUGGAGGAGUUGACGAUUCCGCUGUAGAUGAAAUCGUCCACCGUGACUGUGGACGAGUUCCUGCAUGGAAAUCCAUUGAUCCCGGGGACGACGUUGAGAUCUCCGAUGCAAAAGUCCUGGAGUGGAUCUGGAUCGGAUGAAACUACUGCGCACACGAAGAAUGCAAGCAAAGCAAUCGAGACAGCGUGAGAUUUGGAGAGAGCCAUAGUCGAAGAACUGGAUGAAAUCCUUGAUCGGAGACGAGUCGAUUGCUGGAUUUGUGAUGAAGAACCAAAUGGCCUUGAAUGAUAUAUAUAUACCUGGAAAACGUGAUAGUACUUGGAUGCUGCGCGUACACACUAAUUUGGAAAGCCGAGUGAGCCACCAUGUUGGAACACGAAGUUUCAAUCACGUUUUUGGUCAAGGUCAGCGGGAAAAGUAAGUACAAGUCGCAUUUUGAAUAACUGGAAUAUAUAUUUUA